UUUGAAACUCUUAUUAUUUAACUUACACUAAAAACAGAAUAUCUUAUUUGUUCUUCCACUAAUUAUAGACUAUUGGAAUAUGUCUCUCUCUGGCUCUCUCUCACACACACUCUCUCUUUCUUUCUUUUUUAAAAACCAGUUACGAGCUCUGUAAGAGGUUCUCUAUUCUAUUGCUACCUACUAUUUAUUAUUUUUCUUUUACUUGAACAGCUAUUUAUGCUAAAUUAGGAUCCUACUUGUCAAUCUGAAUAAUUUUUACCAUGGCCGACUCUAUUUAUUGCUUGAAGCUUGAUCCAUCUUAACUAUAAAUAUAGUGAGUUCCACGUUAUAAUGGUAGUAAAGAAAUAUAAGAGAACAGCGUUGCCGAUUCUCUUUCUUGCCACUACAGAAUAUAGCUGAUACCACUAUAUCUAAUGACAUAUUAACUGUUCAUUCUUGUUUAAAAUAAUCAAUUAUAUUUUAUUCGGGAAGGAAAUAUAUUUUCAAUUGAAUAAUAUUUUUUCAUUUAUUAGAAUUGAAUAUUGUGAUAAUUUUAUUACCACAUUGUUGAAUAACGAUCUGAAAACGUUGCGAAGCUAGAGAAGGAUAGCGGUAUUUGCUUCUUUGAAUUGAAGGCAAGGAUAUCAACAACAAUGUUAAUCAAAUACUGACAUUUUAACGUAGACCUCACUAUAGUAUCAAAGAUUUUCAGCUUUUUAGCAGCUGAAGCUAUGUUUUAUAAGAUAUCUAAUGUAUACAGUAUAAUACCCAUAAAGCAUACAUUCUCAUCAGCUGAAAAAGUCUAUAGUUCGGAACAUGGAUAGAGUCGUGAGUCGGCCAUGUUCUAACCUUUCAAACUUGUUUACAUUUUAAAAUUGCAACAUGCAGAGUAAAAAAUGAACAUUCUACUAUUGAGGAAAAUUGUUCCAAAUGAUUUAUAAAUAAACAAAAUGAGUUUUGACCGACAAAUCAAAGAUUUUCAGGAAUUUCUCAUCAGGGAAAAACGAGCUUUUAAUGGAAAAUUCCGUAAACCAAUCCAAUAUAAGAUCGAUAUUGACGAUUUUGAAGCCUUGAAAACUGUGGCAAAAGGCACGUUUUCUAAGUUUGUUUUGGCAAAAAUCGUGUCCAGUCAUGAGGUAUGUGCUCUCAAAAUUUGUCCCAAAAAGACAUUAGUUAAAUACAGACAGGUGGAGCAUACACGCGACGAAAAACACGUUUUAGAAGUGAUCAAAUUCCCAUUUGUAGUCCGACUCUUGUACUUUUUUCAAGAUAAUAGAAAUUUGUAUUUUGCUCUAUCCUUUGUCAAAGGAAUUGAGUUCAAUAAUCGUCUUAAGCAGUUGAAGAAAUUCUCUGAAGAUAGUGCCAGGUUUUACAGUGCGCAAAUAGUGUUGACUCUUGAGUACCUGCAUUAUUUAGAUUUAAUUUACAGAAACAUAAAGCCCGAAAGUUUAGUGAUUGGCAAUAAUGGUUAUUUAAAGCUAAUUGACUUCAAGUUCUGUAAGUAUAUAGAUGAGAAAAAGGAGAGAACAUACACAAUUUGUGGAGGUCCCGAGUAUUUAGCACCGGAAGUCAUAUUAAGUCGCGGCUAUGGUAAAUCAUGUGACUACUGGUCCCUAGGUGUGAUCAUUUACGAAAUGUGUUGCGGGAUUCCACCUUUCACGGCUAAGGACCAUGUCAAACUGUAUGAAAAAAUUAUAGCCGGCAAGUAUAAGAUGCCAGCCGCCUUCUCGAAAGAUCUCAAUAAUCUUAUACACAAACUGUUACAAAUUGAGGUUCCAAAAAGAAUUGGCUGUCUGAAACGUGGAAUGGAUGAUGUGAAGGCUCACAACUGGUUCAGUACUAUCGAUUGGGAUAUGGUGUUGAAUAGGCAAGAGUCUCCUCCGUAUCUGCCACAAAAAUUUGACGAUCCCUCCAAAGAUAUACGUGAAUACUCCUCACCUUUGGACUUGCAAACAUCUCAGAAUGAUAUUUUUGCUGAGGAAUUCUAUGACUUUUGAAAUAAUUUUACCCUGUAUUUGUCAUUUGUAAUAUAAAAUGUAAUCUUCUAUAGAACUCUAGGUACCUAUUAAAGGUCUUCACAUUAUUUCAAAUGAAAAAGACUAAGAAAUUGUCAAAAAACCACAGAUUUAUUGAUACUUA